CAGUGUAAUGUCAUUUACUCGUGACGCCUAUUUUUCGUAAACGUAACUUGUUUUUGCACUAAUUUAGCAGCAUACGUUAACUUCUUAAGUCAAAACAAUCUUUGUUUUUAUCAAGUGUAUUAUUAAUAACCAUCCAAUCUUUGGGUUCAGCAUUCCUCCACCUGGUGAACUGAAACUGUGUCGCCAGUCAAACACUCACCAUGGGAAUCGGAAACAUCCUCAUGCUCUGCCAGGUCACUGCCUACCUCUUGUGUGCCAUCUUUUCCUUCUUUGUCUUCGCACCGAUGGCAGUGAAUAAAAAUAAUGAUUUUAACGGAAACUGCUUGCUUUUUCCUAAUGGCAGCGUUGAUCCCCAGACGUCGGUGGUAACAAUAAAAACUUGGGGAUCUCCAGGUGGUUGUAACUUUGCCAUCACCAUAGGUAUAGUAGCUCUGCUGGUCUCUAUUGCUCAGCUGGUCCGACUAUCUUUCCAUGUCUUCUACGAGACAGACAGUUCUUUCAUUGGUGCCUUUGGGACGUUCAUUGGAAAUGUCAUCAUAACUGUUAUGGUUUUUAUCUCGGCCAUCAACAUCACGGAGGGUUAUUCAGCUUGGUGUCGACUGAUUGAGCAAGCAGCAUCAAGCUGCUCUUUGGCUGGAUUUGAAGAGAACAUUUGGAAAAAACUUAAAUAUAUCAAGCCAGACAACUAUGCAGUGGAGUUGGGAAUGGUGCAGUUUGGACUUUGGUCUGAGUUUCUGAUCUGGCUGUUCCUCAGCAUUUUCUCCAUCAUCAAGUUGAUCAAGUACAACCAGCAGGAGUCCAUCAUACGCAGCCUGUCCCGGGAGAGACAAAGACUUCUUGGUCACUACAGACAGCCAGACUUUUAAAGUUGCCCCCACCCCCAACCUUUGCCUUCCCCUCUUCCCCAUUACUCUCCUUGCCAUACCUCUUUCAUCUUUUUAUAUUCUUCGUCUACAAAAAGGGUGAUUGUGAGUAUACAUAAAUUGUUCUCAAUGCCACUUUUUCCCACACAUGAAUCUUUCUUAUACAUAUCAUUUUUGUCAUUGUCUUGUAUGAAUAAACAAUGACCUUGGGGUGCAAAGAUUAAGAUUAAGAUUAAGAUUGGCUGAAGAAUAAUUCCCACAGAUGCAAUAAACUGUUAUGGCAGGCAAGACAAAGAA